ACAAAAGCUUGUCCGCUUGUUGUCGUUUGCUUCGUGUGUGUGUGUGUGUGUUGUUGAGAGUUGACCCAUCAACGGCACUUGUUGGAUUUAAGAUUGGGUUGGUCUUUAAACGAUUUUUGGUUAUUUUCAAAGGAGCAAUUUUGGUUCUUGUGUCGGGUUUGGUUUUGUAACUCAAGAUGGUUGGAAAAAAGGAAGCAACCCCCUCAGUGGUGUCUGACGCAACUCUCAAACCCACGCACACCAAAAAAAAGAAGCCGCGCAAGACCAAUGUCACUCAAUUCGCUCCACUGGUCGAACAAGGACAGUGGCCCAUCAUUGUCCAACAUUCGCAGUCCAAGGGUCGGCAUGCGGUUGCAAAGGAGGAUCUGUCUGCUGGGACGGUGAUUUGCCAAGAACGCGCUGCGACGCUUGUUGUUAGCACUCCUUGUGUCAGCGAGUUUUGUCAUCGGUGUGUGGGCUCGUUGCUCAAGGCUCAGUUGUUGCAGCAGCGUGUGUCGUGUCCUGCAUGUGCAAAGACCACGUAUUGUUCUUCUGCAUGCCAAAAGGCCGAUGCGGCCCGUCACGUCCUGGAAUGCCCCAUUGUUCCGAAACUCACAGACAUUGCAACCAAGCAUGACAUUAACGUUGAUCUCUUGCGUUUGACACUAUCCCUCAUUGUUCGUCGUGUCCUUGAAGAGCGUCGCGCCAAGAUGGCCAAGGAAGAGGUGACCGAUGCGCCGAUUGCGCCAUGGUGGUGCAUCAAUGAGCUUGCGCUGCAUCCACAGGUGUUUGACAAGAAUUGGGUAAAAUGCGUUGCGGCCGCUGCGCAAGACAUGUCAGAGAUCUUGCCAGAGUCGUUGGCAACGUCUGCUCCAAAGCUGGUUGAGCUGGCCUGUCGUAUCAAUACCAAUGCGCAUAGCUUGAGUGAUGACGAUGAAAAGACUGCUGACACGGCAUUUGGGUUGUUCCCCAUGGGAUCCCUGUUCUUUAAGCACAGCUGUGCUCCCAACUGCCAUUUCACCGCUGAUCGCGGCAUCUUGACCUACCGCACCAUCAAGCCCAUCAAGGCUGGUGAGGAACUCCUCGUGUCUCACAUUGAGCUUUUCCAGCCUCGUUCGACACGGAAGCAGGAGCUCUUGAACACUAAACAAAUUCGGUGUGACUGCAGCCGGUGCCGUGUUCCAUUGCGCAAGUCUGUCGAUCGGUUCUUGGACGGUGUGCUGUGCGAAAAGUGUCAUGUGGGGGUGUACCUGGCUGAAUCCGAGUUUCCUGAAAUUGCCAAGGAUGCCCACCCUGUAGAGAAUGGUGCGUCCGCGAAUGGGAGCAAGGCGGAAGAGAAGCAAGAUACCAAGGCCGUUGACACCAAAUCGGAAGAUGUGGUCGAUGACAGCAAAACAUUGGCAUCCAAGGACGGUGAGCAGGGAGAUGAGAAAACUGAGGAAGAGAAACAGGCUGCAGAACAAGACGCUAAAGCCCGUGAAGAGCUUCUCAAAAAGGAAUGUCGCUGCGACAAUUGCGGACACGUUAAGAAACUCAUUGAAGUCGAAAUGAUUCGUAUCCAAGUUCAACGGGAUUACCAACAAAUCUUUCAAUUCGUUCAAUCAAAGAACCACGGCGCUACCAUUACCUACUUCCGUCUCUUUAUCGACAGGUACCAAAAAGGACGUCUCCUCCACCCCUACCACGUCCACCUCGUGAACGCGCAUCUUCCCCUCUUGACCGCCUACAAAACUCUGGGCGACUAUGCCUCCUGCCUCCCCAUCAUCAAACAUGUGAUUGACAUUUACGAAUCGAGUAACAUUGUCGCGCCGCUUCGUCACGAGUUUGUCGAACUGUAUGCCGAACUGGGUGUAAUUCUCUCUGCGUUGGCGAUUGCGAACCGAGCGGAAGGGAAUGGACGGGUGCACCGAGGAGGAGAAGUUUUGGAAAAGAGGUACAAGCGGGAGGCUUUGGAAGCUUAUCGCAAGGCGUACGAGGUGUGCCGUAUUUGUUUGGGAGAGCAGAGUGCCAAGACGGUUGAAUUGAAAAAGAAGGCGAGGGUGUGAUGGUGCAUCUUGUCUUUCUGACUGAGUGUGUGGGGGAGAGACGAUCUGGGACAAGUUUUUUUCUGUUGCGUGCAUUUUUUCAUUGACACUCUACAUUGAUUAUUUUCUUGAUUAUCGUUUGUUGUUGCUGUUUUUUUUUUGCGCAUUUACACACGGUGCCAUUUAAACACCUUGUUAUUGUUGGGGUUUAGUACGCUUGUGUUUGGUUCCAAACGAUUAUUCCUGUGGUUCUGUUGUCUUUUGGGUUUGAGCGGUUGUUAUCAUUAUGUGGUCAUGACCAUAAGAAAUGCUGGUUGAUGAUAGUGGCAUGAAUAUGUAUAUUGCAUAUGGUUUUUGGUGAGCGUAAGAAACGUCCUCUUCGUCCUGUC